AUGAGCUCGUACUUCGUGAACCCGUCGUCGCCGUACGCCAAGUACAAGGCGGCGGGCGAGGCCAUCCAUCCCACUUACUACGACUGUCACUUCGCGCCCGAGGUCGGCGGUCGCCACGCCGCAGCCGCCCUGCAGCUCUAUGGCAACGGCGCCGCCGGCUUCCCGCACCCGCACCCGCACCCGCCGCCGAGGCCCGCGGGGCCCGGGUGCGGUGGUGGCGGGGGCGGCCUGGGCCUCGGCCAGGACUUCUACCACCUCGGCGGCGGCGGCGGCGGGGGCAGCCCGGCCGCAGCCUUCCAGGCCGUGCCCCCGCCUCCCCCGCGCCCGCCGCCGCCGCCGCCUCCCCCCUGCGGCGGGAUUGCCUGUCACGGGGAGCCCGCGAAGUUUUACGGAUACGAUAACUUACAGAGACAGCCGAUUUUUACGACCCAGCAAGAAGCCGAGCUGGUACAAUAUCCUGACUGUAAAUCGUCCAGUGGUCAUAUUGGCGAGGACCCAGACCACUUAAAUCAGAGCUCGUCUCCUUCUCAAAUGUUUGCCUGGAUGAGACCACAAGCAGCUCCUGGUCGACGACGAGGAAGACAAACCUAUAGUCGUUUCCAAACCCUAGAGUUGGAAAAGGAAUUCCUUUUUAAUCCUUAUCUGACCAGAAAGAGAAGAAUCGAGGUUUCCCACGCCCUAGCCCUCACGGAAAGACAGGUAAAAAUCUGGUUCCAGAACAGGAGAAUGAAAUGGAAAAAGGAGAACAACAAGGAAACAUUACAAGAGGUGAAGGAUGGGAAAACUAAAAAGGAAGCGCAAGAGCUGGAAGAAGACAGAACUGAAGGCCCCACGGAUUAA